AUGUUGAGGAGCGGGAAAGGGCAGGGCAGCGAAGCCUCAACGUCUUUCUACAAUGGACAUGCUGCAGUAUCCCAAACGCCUAGCUUCACUAAUCGUUAUGGGUCGGAGACGUCGCUCCCUCCCUUCGAUCCCCCUGCCUUGCCAACGCCGGACGUUACAGACAUGGAUCCAAGCAACGAUGACAUGGAUCUCGGAUGGCUCAGCUCACUACCUGAUAGCACCCAGGCUAGCAAUGGCACUCUGACGCCACUUGAUCACUGGGAGCGCCCAAAUACAGCUUCCACUUCCACCUUGAGGUGGUGCCCGCCUCUCACGGGGUCCACCACCGAAAGCGGCACUCCUCUCUCCAAGAACAAACGGCAAGGCAAGGCUCCUAGCAGUAAAGCCGCCAUGGUAUGUGCCAGACUGUUGGGAACCUUGUUUGCGAAUCAAUCUUCCUUGAUCAAUAUUGACGUUGCAACAUUGAAGACUCGACGACCUACCAAUAGUAAGAAACCAAAGGGGCGGAAGCCGGACCAGGGCCACUCCGAAUCUUAUCGUGGUCAUUAUGCGGUGGAACAAAAGUAUAGAUCCAGGUUGAACGAGCAAUUUGCAGCAUUGUCGCAAGCGGUAUGGCGGCGGGAAACGCAACGGAUCCGCCGACCAGAGACCGGUCUGCUGAGUCCUCCGUCCGGCGUUUCGCAAGCCUCGCAAGAUGACAGAGAUUCCUGCCAAAAUGGUCCCAAACGUCAGAACAAGAUCGAUGUGCUUUCGAAUGCCAUCGACACUAUCCAACUCCUAACCGAACGCUGUGACCAAAAGCGUCGAGAGCUCGACCAGUGGGGGGAACCUUUGGGGAGCAUUGGGGAAAUGAUACGAGGCAUUGUAGCUGAUCUGGUAGAUGAUGAUCAACCUGUCGAUCCAAGUCUGGCGCAAAUACCUACAGGGUCUUUGACGACGAUGAUGAUGCACGAUCCUAAUGGACUAGAAAUGCGGAUGAUGGGACUCUUGUGA